AUGGAUGAUAUUUGUGAUGAUUUCUUGCCACAAGUUCUUGUAAGGGAUCCCCUGGAGGAAAUUCUUUGUGGGAAUUUAUCUGCAGAUAAUGCAAGCGUCUGGGGUAAUGAAGUACAUACUAUUGAAAAAGCUCUUUCCCUAAAAGUGUUAGACCCCAAGGAGACAAUGAAGUUAGACACCCUCCUAAAAAAGUAUGGUAUUUACCAUAGGACAAGUUUAGCCUACCAUCCCCAAACUAGUGGCCAAGAUGAAGUUUCCAACCGCGAGAUCAGGGCCAUUCUAGAGAAGGUGGUGGCAAAAUCAAAGAAAGAUUGGAGCGAUAAGUUGGAUGACACCCUUUGGGCAUACAGAACUGCGUUUAAGACUCCAAUAGGUACUACUCCAUAUAGACUUGUGUACGGUAAAGCAUGUCAUCUUUCGGUGGAAUUAGAAUACAAGGCAUAUGGGGCUAUUAAGGAGCUCAAUUUGGAUGCCAAAUUAGCGAGAGAAAAGAGGUUACUUCAACUUAACAAACUCGAUGAGUUUAGCUUGACGGCCUAUGAUAGUGCUCGUGUCUACAAGGAGAAGACAAAGAGAUGA